UUCAAAUGUUUCUGUACUUCAAAAAUGAGGAUAAAGUCAAGUUCAGUGCUACUAAAUAUGAUAAGGACGAGAAGAAGGUGAACUUAAGUGUGGAUAUUGAGACAGUCAAUACAGAUCGUGAAAGAGAGCAUAUUAUUCAUCUAUCUUCAGAAGAAGACCCUCUGUUUUAUUAUACUUGUACAAUACCGCAGAAUCAAUAUUCCUCAAUCAGGAAGGAAAAUGAUCUUCUUGUAGAUUUUGAUGGAUUUCCAGGUGAAUUCAGGAAAAUCAUGAAGAGAUGAACAUUAGACGGUGGCUUUGAGUGAGUCCUAGAGAUGGAGCUAAUCCAGAAUAGAGAGAAGCAAGAAGAUCAAGAAGAGGAAAAAUUUUGAGAGCUUGAAAAAGACCCAAAAUUUCCUCAUGUUGAUCAACCUGAUGGAAUGAGAAGGUUUAUUCCAAAAGUUGCUAAAUUAGUAAUCUCUCAAAGAAAUGAGUUCCGGAAAUUAUUGCAUUUCCAAGCCAAGUUCUAUGAAGUUGAUGAUUAUACAGUCAAACAAAUGCUUUUGAAAAAUAUUCAGCACCUCAACGAAGAACUUGAAACCUGUAAAGCCUUUCCUGAAGAAUGCAAGACUCUGAGAGAUGAGAAAGAUUCCAUAAUCAGUAAGAUCGACGUAAUGGAGGCAGAAUUCUCUGAAAAGACUAAUGAACUUAAAGAACUCCUUGAGACCAAAGAGACAUCUCUAAAAGAGUCUUCUUUUCACAUCGAGAAACUUCAGGACAAAAUCAGCAGCUUUGAAAAGAUAUUGACAGAAGAACGGUCUGAGACCAAGGGAAAGCUAAAAGAUUAUGAUAAGAAACUAAAACAGAUGGAUACCCUCAGAGAAGAGAUGUCUGAGAUGGAUAAGGCACUCUCAGUCUCAAAGGUAGAGAAAAAGUAUGUACAGAAGGAACUGUCUCAGCUCGAAGACCUCAAAUCUAAGCUAGAGGCUAAGCUUGAGAAGGAAAAGGAGUUUAACUCCUCAGCCUUGGCUAAGGCCACAUCUCUUAACCAGGAACUUGAGAAACAGAACCUCCUUCUGAAGGAAAGACUUGAGAAAGCUAAUGGCCAAGUUGAAGAAAUGGAAGAGAAGGUCCACGCUGUAACCUUAGAGAAUUCCAAGAUUUUGGAAGAGAAGGAAAACCUUAAUAGUAAAAUUGAGAAAUUAGAAGAAGAGAAUAAGAAUACAAUGCAGCAGUUUUUUGAUAUUAAGAAGCAGCUUGAUAUCGCCAACGGCGAUAUCAGGGGGUUACGUGUUGAGGCUAGGAAAUUAGACCAGGAGAAGCUAGGCUUGAAGAACACUCUUGAAGAUGAGAUUGAGACUAAGGCUAAUAUGGAAAGAGAGAUUGUUGACAUGAGGACUAGAUGAGAAGAAUUGGAGCGAUUCAAAAGCAUGAGUCAGGGGUUCAGACCCUAUGAAAGUGGCAGAGUGGGCUUUGAAGAGGGUAUUAGAGGUGAUUCUUUUGAGAGAGAUUUUGGAUCUGAGAGGUUUAGGAAGAGUCAGAGAAAUAUUCAUUUUAGGGGUCCUCCUCCACCACCUCCAAUAAAUAGCUCAUUUGUGCCACAAAUUAGAAAUCUUGACUUAAUUCGUCUCCAGGAUUCUGGGAGUGAUACUAUGACAUCUGUUAGAAUGAAACUUGCUCCUAAAUUAAAUUCCAAUAUUAAGCCAUAUGAAAGAAUCUCGAAAGUAGAAGAAAGAGAUCAUCAUAAAAACCUUUCUGUAAGCUCAUUGCCCUCUUUUGGUAAAGCAAAAGAACAAAGUGAUCAGGAUAAUAAAAAAGAAGUUGAGCCUACUGAUUCUGAAGUUGACGAUUCAGAUGAUGGAGUGAUCGAUACUCCACCUAUAGAGACUUCUGAGCAAGAGCUUAAUCCAAGACCAAUAAGAAAUAAAGAAAAUACAAGCCCUGACGAAAACGAGAGAGAAUCUCAAUGGGAAGAACCUCAAUGAGUAUGAUAA